AUGCUACCCCGAGGGCGCCCCCGGGCGCUGGGGGCCGCCGCGCUGCUGCUGCUGCUGCUGCUGGUCGGAUUUUUCCUGUUCGGCAGGGACCUGGAAUACGGGCGGCUUCGCGGGUCUGCCUCACUCGACGGAGAGCUGACGUGGGACCACAAUCGCUCGGCCUGCGUCCCGCUGCGGUCGCUGCAGCCCAAGUGCGAGCUCUUGCAUGUGGCCAUCGUGUGUGCAGGCUAUAACUCCAGCCGAGAUGUCAUCACCCUGGUGAAGUCCAUGCUCUUCUACAGGAAAAAUCCUCUGCACCUCCACUUGGUGACUGAUGACGUGGCCAGAAACAUCCUGGAGACGCUCUUCCAUACGUGGAUGGUGCCUGCUGUCCGGGUCAGCUUCUACAACGCCAACGAGUUCCAGUCCCAGGUCUCCUGGAUCCCCAACACACACUACUCUGGCCUCUAUGGGCUCCUGAAGCUAGUGCUGCCUGAUGCCCUGCCCCCUGACCUGGUCCGUGUCAUUGUCCUUGACACGGACAUCACCUUCGCCUCUGACAUCGCAGAGCUCUGGGCAUUCUUUGCUCACUUUUCUGACAAGCAGAUGAUUGGUCUUGUGGAGAACCAGAGCAACUGGUAUCUGGGCAACCUCUGGAAGAAUCACAGGCCCUGGCCUGCCUUAGGCAGGGGAUUUAACACAGGCGUCAUCCUCCUGCGGCUGGACCGGCUUCGGGAGGCUGGCUGGGAGCAGAUGUGGAAGGCGACGGCUCAGCGGCUGCUCCUAACCCUGUCCACCACCUCUCUGGCCGACCAGGACAUCUUCAAUGCUGUAAUCAAGGAGCAUCCAGGGCUGGUCCUGCUCCUACCCUGCAUCUGGAACGUGCAGCUGUCGGACCACACAUUGGCCGAGCAUUGCUACUCUGAGGCGUCAGACCUCAAGGUGAUCCACUGGAACUCGCCAAGGAAACUGCGGGUGAAGAAUAAGCACGUGCAAUUCUUCCGCAACCUCUACCUGACCUUCCUGGAGUACGAUGGGAACCUGCUGCGGACAGAACUCUUUGGGUGCCCCAGCCAGCCCCCACCUCGGGCCGAGCAGCUGCAGCAGGCCUUGGCCCAACUGGACGAGGAAGACGCUUGCUUUGAGUUCCAGCAGCAGUGGCUCACUGUGCACCGCGUGCACCUCACCUUCCUGCCCCUUGACCCGCUGCCGUCCGAGGCCCACGAUGUCACCUUGGUGGCACAGCUCUCCAUGGACCGCCUGCAGAUGCUGGAAGCCCUGUGCAGCCACUGGCCGGGCCCCAUGAGCCUGGCCUUGUACCUGACAGAUGCAGAGACCCAGCAGUUCCUGCGUUUCGUGGAGGCCUCGACGGUGCUCUCUGCCCGGAGCAAUGUGGCCUACCAUGUGGUGUACCGUGAGGGUCCCCUCUACCCUGUCAACCAUCUUCGCAAUGUGGCCUUGGCCCAAGCACUCACGUCCUACGUCUUCCUCAGUGACAUUGACUUCCUGCCUGCUUACUCCCUCUACGGCUACCUCAGGGCCUCCAUCAAACAGCUGGAUCUGGGCAGCCAGCGGAAGGUGGCUCUGGUUGUGCCAGCAUUCGAGAGCCUGCACUACCGCCUCAGCUUUCCCACUUCCAAGGCUGAACUGCUGGCCUUGCUGGACGCCGGCUCUCUCUACACCUUCAGGUACGACGUAUGGCCCCGGGGUCACGCACCCACAGACUAUGCCCGCUGGCGGGAGGCUCGGGCCCCAUACCGAGUGCAGUGGGCAGCCGACUAUGAGCCAUAUGUGGUGGUACCACGCGAAUGUCCCCGCUAUGACUCCCGUUUCGUGGGCUUUGGCUGGAACAAGGUGGCCCACAUCGUGGAGCUGGACGCACAGGAAUAUGAGUUCCUGGUGCUGCCCGAGGCCUUCACCAUCCACAUGCCCCAUGCGCCAAGCCUCGACAUCUCCCGCUUCCGCUCCAGCCCCGCCUAUCGUGACUGCCUGCAGGCCCUCAAGGAUGAAUUCCACCAGGACUUGUCCCGCCGCUAUGGGGCUGCUGCCCUCAAGUACCUCACUGCCCUGCAGCAGUCCCGAAGCUCCGCAUGACCCUCUCGAGGCUGGGGCUCCUUCACUUUGGCUCAGGGCAGCCUUGCCGCCCCACCUACCCCCUCCAACCAUCACUGCUAUUUAUUU